AUCGCCUCGACCGAUUUCCGGUUUCCGCUCUCGUAAUUUUCCAAAAUGGCCGACGUCUGCCGUUUUCUUAGUUUGUGACAACGUUGGUUUGUGAUCGCCGUGCGGGCAUUCUCGCUUUCGCACCAUGAGUGAACCAAAAGACAAGCGACGGAAAGACGGCGAAUCUCGCCGAAGACAUCGGUCCCGAUCCAUUAGCCCGGACUGGAGGUCGAAAGCACCCAAGCCUGCAGUCCCGAGGCCAGAAGAGAGGUUGGUCGACAAAAGAGAACACGACCGGGGUCGAAGGAAAGACCCUGGCGAAGACACCAGGUCGCGCAAACCGGGGGCCGGAGAAAGGAGUCACGCCCGGCCACACGAAGACUCUCGCGGCCAGAGGCCUCCUCGACACGGGAGCAGCUCCCCUCCGCCGCGGAACAGGGGGAGGGGCCGUAGGGGGCGUUCUCCCGAGGGAAAGCAACACUGGGGCAAGGUGGAGCCCAAGGAAGAGCCGGAGGAAAAGGUGGCGGUCAAGCCGGACUUUGGCCUCUCGGGCAAGCUUGCCGAGGACACCAAUGUGUUCAACGGCGUGGUGAUCAAGUACAACGAGCCGGUGGAGGCCCGCAAGCCGAAGCGCCGCUGGCGGCUCUACCCGUUCAAGGGCGACACUUCGCUGCCCUUCAUCCCCCUGCACCGGCAGAGCGCCUACCUGCUUGGCAGGUCGCGCAUGAUAGCGGACAUCCCGAUUGACCAUCCGUCCUGUUCCAAGCAGCACGCUGUGCUCCAGUUCCGUCUUGUGGAGUUCACACGCGACGACGGUACCACGGGGCGACGCAUCCGGCCCUACGUCAUCGACCUGGAAUCAGCCAACGGCACCUUCGUCAACAACAAGCGCAUUGACGCGCGCCGCUACGUCGAGCUCCUGGAGCGAGACGUGCUCAAGUUCGGCUUCAGCACCCGUGAAUAUGUGGUGCUGCACGAGGAGUCGCACGGUGAAGACCAAGACGACGACGUCAACGGGCCAGCCGCAGAGGAUGCAGUCGCCGCUGAAGGAACAACGGCAGCGUGAUCUGUUUUAGUUGCCGUUUCGUGUGGGUGUGACCGUAGACAUCUCAAGGUUUGCUGUCUCUGGCAGCAACUGGACUAGUCCUUGACAUCGCAGAAGCCUGAUGGAAGUUGCACCAUGCUGCCCUUCAGGAAGCUCUUGUCAGGAUGUGCUGUCCUGAAGAAGAGCCCUUCAUGGAGCUGUCUUCAGCAAGGUCUCUCCCGAGAGAACUCUUUCUUAGGAGUUCUGUUUGGGGUGCCAUGCUCCCCCUUAACUUCGUGGCAGGAUGUAGUACUCUUCGAGAAGUGCUCUUCAUGGAGCUGUCUUCAGCAAGAUCUCUCCAUACAGCUCUUUCUUGGGAGCUCUGCUCGGUAUGCCAUGCUGCCCUUCAAGAAGUUCUUGUCAGGACGUACCCUCUUCAAGAAGUGCUCUUUUGGGAGCCGUCUUCAGGGAGAUCUCUUAAGAUAGCGCUUUCUUAAGAGUUAACUGUUUUGUGGACAGUCACAGGUACAUUCUCAGCUGGACACGUAUGUGCUGAUGUUACCUUGCCAAAUAUCUGUGGCUCAUGACAAAACCUCUAGUAUCAUCUGAACUGAUAUGUGGUGCUGCUAGAGGAUGCCCAGUCCAUGCUUGUUGUCGAGUCUCGGGCUGCAGUGCCAGGGCGACCACAUCAUCAUAUUCAAAGUCUGGACAACUGGUUAGUGUUACUCGGUGUGUCAAUGAUCAGCCUCCUGACAAUUAUCAGGCCAGUACCUAGGUCUUGCAGAUUGCUCUUUGUCGUGUGACACCAGCUCUCCUGUGAACUUAAAUGCAUCGAUGGCUAAUUCAACUGGACUCCUCAUCAAACUUGUGUUAACUGCACACAGUUAUUUUUUUUUAUUUUUGUGUGUGUGUAUUUUAUUACUUUUUUUUAUUUGUUUGGUUUAGAAACUUAUUCUACACAGGUCUCAGACUUCUGCUUUCUAAUAAAGCAUGCAGAGAGUCAAUUGUUGUGAUCUAAGCAGGAAUCCAGGAAACAAUGAGACAGAAAAUGUUCCUUCAAAGAUUGAUUCCUACUGGACUGCACUUUGAUACAUGAAACGUCACAUCUAAUGUUGCAGUACAGAUAACACUCUAUUCUGGAAACUUUAUCUCCACCUCACCAUCUCCUACGAUCUUGCUGUAGAUUGCUACUACUGGCUGUCUGUGUUUUUGUGGGAAAGUAGGCUUGGUGGGGCAUGUUCAUGAACAAUGCACAUGUUAAUUGAGUAAAUACAGACUACUUUGAAGUGCUAUCUUUUUUUGUUGUUCUGAAACCAUUGAGGCUUAAAUAUUUGCUGGCUGUGACAAUGUAGUGGAUAUGUCAAAAAUGGCGUCACUGUGUUAGGGGUACUGUUAAUUAAAGACAUGCCAGUUCUGACUCUUUAAAAGUGUAGGUUGUGUACAUUUCACGAAUAGUAGGCAGCCACUGAGUUUUCACUACAUAUCUGUAUUUAGUACUGACAUUAUGGUUUUUCUUUCCUUCGCUGAGGUGUCACAAGCGAUCUCGCGAAUGUGCGAUAAAACUGAAUUAAGAUUGAAGGCCCUGAGGGUGCUGAAGCAAAGGCACUGGACUGAGAAGUGUUGUACAGAGGCUUGCUACUUAUAAAAAAAAAAAAAGACAUCUGUCUUUAUUACUUUCUGUUUUUCAAGUUGUUAGCAGAAUAUUUCUCCUUAUAGCCCCUUCAUUGUGAGAGUUCUUUUCAUGUCUUGCACAUGCAGCAAAACAACUAUUGCAUUUCAACUGUCUUACAAAAAGCAAAAUCAUGUUGUGCACAUUUUGUGUCCUGGGGGUCGCUUGUUGAAGGUUGCUGUAAGCCGUUGGAGGUUACUAAACAUUGUAGCUAAUUUUGUUGCAAGCAUGUAUCAAAGUGGCAUCCAAAUGAAGUUGGGAUGUUGGAAUCGA